GACGCCUGGCAUAAAGACGUCCAACUGUUUCGUAUAAUGUCGACCAAUACCGGAGCAAUUGUCGGCUCGUUUUAUUUCGACCCCUAUUGUCGACUCAACCAUAAGACCAGUACCUCUUACAACGAGUUGGCGCUCAAUCAAUACAAUUCGUUGUCCACUAAAUCCGUCUCUUAUCUGAUCACCAAUUUUGCCGAACCAGUAAUCGAUGGCCAGUCGACACAGUUAUCGUUUAGUCAAAUCAUAUCGUUAUUUAAACAGUUUGGUCAUAUUAUGCACCAAUCGUUAUCUGCGAGCACUUACGCCGAGAUCAGUGGCGUAUCCGGUGCCGAGUGGGACGUCGCCAACUUCUUCCCCCAAUUCUUCGCUCUCUGGCCUUUGAACUCAUACGCUGUGAUCGCCUCCUGUAGCCGACACGUGGCCAACGGGUCACCGCUUCCCGAAUCGGAAUUUGAUAAAAUACGCAGAGCUCACUAUCACUUCGCGUCGUUUGACUUAAAGCAUGAAAUAUACCGAAUGGCUCUCGACUUAGCGCUGUAUUCAAGCGGAAACUUCUGGAGUGAUAUUCGGGAUCAGCAUGAAAUAUACCGAAUGGCUCUCGACUUAGCGCUGUAUUCAAGCGGAAACUUCUGGAGUGAUAUUCGGGAUCAGGUGUGGGACGAAUAUAUGACUCCAUUUGUACGUGAUAGACUAGACAAACACCCUUGCUCGUUCAGAGCUAUAUUCAGCGACGACUUAGCCGCCGCCUACUUCUCUACCAAAUGGGCAGAGAUGUUGGCCGCGGACGCGUUCGGCGCCUUCCAAGUGGCGGAUGUGGACAACGAUAAAGCCGUAGCGCAAGUCGGCGCCCGAUUUACGGACUCUUUUCUUACUAAUUCGGCUGAUUAUAAGAGUAGUGAAGUAUUUCGCAGAUUCUUAGGCCGAGACCCCUCUCCCGACGCAUACCUCAGGAUUAACGGUCUCUACGGAAAGGAUAGUUACGCUAAAAGGGAUACUCUUUUGGCAAAUGAGAGGACAGUAAUCGAUACAAGCGCUGAGAAACACGCCAAUUGAUGGCUAAUAUAGCUUAUAAUGUUAUAUAUUGUGUGAAC